AUGUUCGACCUCCUGGGGGGACGGAGGAGACACCUUUGGUUUAUAACUCAGGGGACCUAAACCGUCUCAGUAUCUCCAGCAGAAAUCUCCAGUUCUCCGUGGAAGAACCUUCAGUUUCUGCUCUAGAAUAUUCGAGAUGAUUCAUCCGGAACCACAAACGAGAAUUCAUGUUUCUGUGUUUACAGAGAGAAAAUCAAACUCAGAGUGAAGACAGAGAUUUCUGUCAGCUGAUGGUCUCCUCCGUCCACAUGGUGUGCUGCUGCAGUGACCGCGUGUGUGUGUGUGUGUGUGUGUGUGUGUGUGUGUGUGUGUGUGUGUGUCCUGUAAACACCCCUCUUUCUCGGUUUUUCCUCCUGUUUGUCUGUUUUCGGACUAAAACCAGCAGAGUUGACAGACGACAGGAUCACCGCUGCCGCUGUAAACAACCUGACAUCAGCAUUAGACUACAACUCCCAUCAUGCCCCAGCGCCUGUCCUUUCUGCAGCCUCCUGAAUUAGACUAGUUAUUGUUUUAUUUCUGUUUUGAUUCUCUCCUCCUCCUCCUCCUCUUUGGACAGGUGUGAAGAAGAAAUGAUGAAGAAAAUAAAGAGAGAGGAUUAUAGCAGGUGCACGCGCUGUGGUGAUGAAGAGUAGCACCGCCCUCCUCCUCCUCCUCCUCCUGCCACCGUAAAUGUUAUUUAUGAAUGCCUGCCGCUCACGGGCGUGUGCACGCUCGCUCGUUAUUAUGAUGUUUUAAUCAUCGCUGCUCACUGGACUCUGGUUUCGGUCGAGUUCUGGUUCCGUCCCAGAGCCUGCAGAGCCCGCUGAAGGCGCUUCGAUCCGGAUUUAAUUCAUUGUGAAGGUUCGGUGCAGACAGCAGCAGCAGCGGCAGCGGCAGCAGCGGCAGACGGAGCGGCGCGUUCUGCUCUUUAAUAACACUGGGUCAAUACACCGCGCACCCACCGCCGCUGUCUGCCGGCCCGCCGCAUCAUUGGAGCCGCCUCACCGCUGCACCCGAGGAGCUGCCCGAGAAGGUAAGCACCCAGCCGGCUGACACUGGGUGGAAUUAGGGCUGGUUUGGCGGUUCUGUGUCUGUAGAAGCGAGCUGGUCCAGGCUGAUUCAUCCCGCAGCAUCCCAUCGUGUUUUCCUCCUGCCGCGCCGCUCGGAGCGUUCACAGGCCGGACGGACGGUCUCAUCAUCCCCGUCAAUAUUGUCACUACAUGUCGCUGUUUGUGGCUGUAAUUAAGCAUUUUGGUUAUUCGUGUUUAUUCGUGAAUAAACUCUGUGAGCUGGAGGCUGAAGGACAGAUAAAAACGGGAACACCUGCUCCGAUACUCUCUGGGUUUGUUUGUUGGAUCACCGCGGCUAACGCUGCUAGCCUGCUAACGCUGCUAGCUGGCUAACGGUUUAUACCGCCCAGACUCGCUGGCCGUGUUCUGUAUUAAAUCUGGUUAGUCUUUUGAAUCCCAGCAGCUAACAUGAGUGUGUUUAUCACAACAUUAUAACAUCUUUUUCCUCAGAUGGGUGGGUGAGUCAUGUUUAGGAUAAAAGCUGUUAAAACACUCGCGCCUCCGCCAGCCUGGUCUGUGCCGCUCGUACCGCAGCAUGUAAGCGAAUCUGCCGCUCGCAAUACACAAUGAUCGGGGGCGAAGUAUCUCGCGCGUCACAUCGCCCGCUCUGUACGCUGCUAGCCGGCGAACGCUGGGCAGGUCAGUUAGCCACCGUUAGCUAGCUGCCGCUGCUGCCCCUGGAUGCAGACAGACGGCCGGUCUAGCCGCCUGUUAGCCCCGCAGUCCCGGGGCGCAGAGCGGCAUGAGCCCCCGGAGUGUGUGAGGCUGUGCUGGGGGGGACACUGCUCAGUCUGCCGCUCUGCUUCUCAGAGCAAAAUGGCUGAAAAUAUUGUGCCGACCUUGAGAGUAAUAACGAGAUGACAUAUUAUUUAUAGCAGGCUAACCGCGCAGGUGAUGCUGAGCUGCUGCGCGGUGAUGUAACCUUUAAUAAUAAUAAUCAAUAAUCAAAAUUAGAGUUAUUGUUUUAUUCUUCUACAUCCACCUUAUAUAGAAAAAACAAUCCUAGUAUGUUUGACACUGAGAGUUAACACCCAAAUGAUCGAUCUAUAAAUAUCUGUUAGCAUUCCUCAUUGAAUACAAUAGGAUCCAAUAACGACAUGCUAGCAGCGGCCUCUGGUGUUUUGAAGAAUUCUGUUUCCUAUCGAGAUGUAUCACAAAGCAGCACUGCGCAUGCGGGCGUUAUCACCAGCGGAGACAUAUCCCACUAUUACACCUGAAAUCUUCAACUAUAAUUCCAUCAUGUAAUAAUUAAAAUGCAGACUUUAUUUGUACUGUUCAAUUACGGUUAUUUUUCACGAUAAAAACGCGCACUGACAGCCUCUGCUGUGGUAGCAUUUUUUGUCAGAACACCGGCUCUGUUCGGGCUGAACAAUGGCUUCCUCUGCCAGGGACAGCCUGUCAUCUCCAAACACGGAGGUCUUUAUUUUAGUAUUGGACCGGGACCACCACUCAACACACACAUGAGGGGGUCUCUGCUGUGGGGCCCCUGACCUCAUGAGCUCCAGGGGCCAAAACUCUCUGACAUACAGACCUCACAGGUGGAGAGAGCACAUGUCACAUGACCAGGGUUCAAACACAAACAGCUGAUUUAUACCUUUAAACGGAGACCUUAACUCUUCAUCAAUCUGUCCUUUCACUCUUUCUUUCAUUAUCAAUCAUUAUGAUUAAUGUUAAUCUUUCUACAGCCUCACUGACUGACAGACGUUUAUCAGUUUAUUAGUUUAAUGUUGAUAAAAUGAGAUUUAAAGCUGCAGUGGAACUGAAAAAAGAGAGAAAACACUAAAAAUAGAAUUAAAGAGAAAUCUCUGUUCAAGGUCUCACACCUUCAUGGUCCUCAUCCUGGUCCUCCGAUCUUCUCUCACCGACCCUCUGGAGACCUUAGUGGACCCAGCAGACCAGGUUCUGGAGACUGCUCCACAGUUCAGGGUCUCCUUGGUCCUGUUUUUGGGGUCCUGAUGGUCCAGAUGUCACAUCAGUCCAGGUUCUCAGAAGGACUCCUCUCCUACAGAACCAUGCUGUUGUCAGAAUCUGGUUCUGGAUCAUAUGAAGGUCUUAGAGUCCUGGUCCUGGAUGGACGCAGAUGUUCCUCCUAAACCUAAAGAUCUUGUUCAGUAUUGAUGGAGCCUUCACUGAUGACCUGGACUCUGAUGAUCUCCAGACCAUCAGAUAUGCUGGAUCUGGACUGGGAGCUGAGACCAGGUCUGGUGGACCCCGUAGUCUUUAGAGAGGAGGAUCUUUGGUUCCCUUAAGAGGGUUAAAGUCUCUGCUGGUUCUGGAUCCUGGUUCUGUCUGGUCUCCUCUUUCAUUAGUGAUGGUCUGAUGAUGGUUUUUGAAGCGAUUCUGAGUCCAUGAGGUGAUUCCCACUCCAGAGUCCGGUCUGUUUUUAAAGAUCAGGACCAUCCAGUCCUGGUUCUGGUCCUGGUCCUGGUCCUGCUGAAUGAUCUGAUCUUCUGUAGACGAUGAAACUGUUGAACUGUAGUCCUGAACCUCUGAGAGACUCCGCCUCUCUGAAGGUCCUUCUCAGACCCGGUCAUGUGACCUGGUCAUGUGACUAACCUGUUGGACCUCAUUAAUUAAAGAUGUUUGUUUAGUUAACAUCACAUGACCUUUGACCUGUUUGGUUCAGGGUUCGACAGUGCGACCGUUUCACUGCGACCAAAAAUCGACGUGUGCGAAUAAAAAAAAUCAACAAAUGUUUUUUUCCUGUAAAUACGGCGGUGAAGUUAGUUUCAGGUUGGAUAUAUUUUCCUGUAAAUACGGCGGUGAAGUUAGUUUCAGGUUGGAUGUAUUUUCCUGUAAAUACGGCGGUGAAGUUAGUUUCAGGUUGGAUAUAUUUUCCUGUAAAUACGGCGGUGAAGUUAGUUUUAGGUUGGAUAUAUUUUCCUGUAAAUACGGCGGUGAAGUUAGUUUCAGGUUGGAUAUAUUUUCCUGUAAAUACGGCGGUGAAGUUAGUUUCAGGUUGGAUAUAUUUUCCUGUAAAUACGGCGGUGAAGUUAGUUUUAGGUUGGAUAUAUUUUCCUGUAAAUACGGCGGUGAAGUUAGUUUUAGGUUGGAUAUAUUCUCCUGUAAAUACGGCGGUGAAGUUAGUUUCAGGUUGGAUAUAUUUUCCUGUAAAUACGGCGGUGAAGUUAGUUUCAGGUUGGAUAUAUUUUCCUGUAAAUACGGCGGUGAAGUUAGUUUUAGGUUGGAUAUAUUUUCCUGUAAAUACGGCGGUGAAGUUAGUUUUAGGUUGGAUAUAUUUUCCUGUAAAUACGGCGGUGAAGUUAGUUUUAGGUUGGAUAUAUUUUCCUGUAAAUAUGGCGGUGAAGUUAGUUUUAGGUUGGAUAUAUUUUCCUGUAAAUGCGGCGGUGAAGUUAGUUUCAGGUUGGAUAUAUUCUCCUGUAAAUACGGCGGUGAAGUUAGUUUCAGGUUGGAUAUAUUUUCCUGUAAAUACGGCGGUGAAGUUAGUUUCAGGUUGGAUAUCUGACGGACAUUCACCGAGGAUCUAUCGGUGUCUUCUCAAACAUUAUUGAUCAGUUUUCAUUGAUCCUCUAAAGUUAGAGUCGAUCCCUGAGUCGAACCCGUUUGGUUGUUCCUCUAUCAGAACUUUUUAACUCGGGUUCAAACAUGUUUUUCUGCCGUCGUCGUUUUAACCUAAUCAGAGAUUUUUCAUCAAUCAAAAAUAUUGAUCCUUUUGAUUGAUCUGUUUUCAGAUAUAAACUGUCUUUGAGCGUCUGUGGUUUUGAUCAGUGUCUCCUGAAGAUCAGCGCUGACUCCGAUUCCUGAGUGUUUUCCUCCUGCUCUGAAAUCGAGAGCGUUUGUGGCGUUUUCUAGACUCUUAAUUGGACCUCGUUAAAACCAUGUGACCCUGUGACCCUGUGUGGUUCUGUCCUCAGGGUUCGACUUCAUGGUUCUGAUUGGUCAGACGGACAGAUUGUGAAAUAAUUGAUCCAGGAGUGAUUUUAUCUUCAGUUGAUCAACUUUUAUUGUUUGUGCUUCAGAAUUGAUCCUGAUUGGACGAGUUCUCUUGGUGAUGUCACUCACCUGUGAUCAUCGCUGGCCUCUGAUUGGCUGCAGACUUAGACUGAAUAAUUGAAAACACUCAUGUGACUCUGUCCUCUGCAGGUGCGUUGCCCGGGGCAACAGCUUACUGAUGAUGUCCUUGUGAGAGUAGGCGGGGCUUCCUGGCCCUGAGGCGGCGGUGGUGAGGAGGAGGAGUCUGAUCCCUAACCCCUCCCCUUUGUUCUUCCGGAGACUGACCAGACGGACAGACACACAAACAGGCGUGGCUCUCCCCUCCAUCCUCCUCCUCCUCUACCUCCUCUCUCUCCUCCCCUCUCCUCCCUCUUCUACCCCCUUCCCCCUCCUCGUCCUUCUUCCUUCUCUGACUCCUCCCCUUCUCCCUCACCUGUCUCCCCCCUCGUCCCCUGCUGCCACCAUGUUGUGGUCACGCUGCUGGUGGAGAGCUUGAGGAAGCAGACUCUGGAAGGCGACCCUGAUCAGCCAGGGGACUGUUACCUGGUGAGUCCACCUGAACACUCACCUGUAGUCUCACCUCAUUUAUUGAUCCUGGAUUUGAAGUUUAAUGAUUGAAGUGUUGAUUGGGUCGGUCCGAUCAGAACCAGGGUUAUUUUUCUUGAUGUUUCUGUCCUCCAUCAGUCCCUGCUGGACCCGAAAACCCUCCCAGAGUGCUGGCCGCCAGAUGGCUUGAUGCCUGGUGAGUGUUCCUCAAAGACUCAGAUGGACUCAUUUAUACUUAUAUAUAUACUCAGAUAUACUCAGAUAUAUACUUAUAUAUAUAUAUAUAUAUAUAUAUAUAUAUAUAUGUAUAUAUAUACUCAGAUUUAUACUUGUAUAUAUAUAUAUACUUAUAUAUACUCAGAUUUAUACUUGUAUAAAUUCACUUUUAUUUAUAUUUACUUAAUUAUCCUUCUAUAUUCAUAUUCAUAACCACUCGUAUAAAUAUACUAUAAUAUAAAUAAUCUGCCCACAACACAGAAUAAUAUCAUUUUAAUAUAAUCUGGAAUAAAAUCGACUUCUGAGUUUGACUGAGAGGAACAACAGAGAGAAGAACACACACACACACACACACACACACACACACACACACACUCACACACACACACACACACACACACACACACACACACACACAGAAACACACACAGACACACACAUACACAGACACACACACACAGACACUCACACACACACACACACAGACAGACACACACUCACACACACACACAGACACACAGACACACACAGAAACACACACAGACACACACAUACACAGACACACACACACAGACACUCACACACACACACUCACAGACACACACAGACACACAGACACACACACACAUACACACACACACACACACACACAGACACUCACUCACACACACACACAUACACAGACACACACACACACACACAGAAACACACACAGACACACACAUACACAGACACACACACACACACACACAGACACACAGACACACACACACAUACACACACACACACACACACACACAGACACUCACUCACACACACACACAUACACAGACACACACACACACACACAGAAACACACACAGACACACACAUACACAGACACACACACACACAGAAACACACACAGACACACACACACAUACACACAGACACACACAGACACACACACUCACACACAAACACACACACAAACACACAGACACACAGACACACACAGACACACACACACACAGACACACACACACACACACACCAUCAGCUCUGAGCUCUUUUAACAGUUUUUUCAUCAUUUCCCAUCAUGCACCUCUGCGUGUUUCUCUCUGUGCGUGUGUCCCCCCCCCUCAGAGAGCAGUUACUGGCAGCUCUGCCCUCCCUCGAAGUCCGGCCUGCAGGGGGGGUUACUGAGCUCUAGUUUCCCCCCCGGCCCCCUCCCCCUGGUGCCCCCCUCGGACCCUCACCUGCAGGAGAGCGCCGACCCCCUCGAUGGCCCCUCUCAGCAGCAGCAGCAGCAUCGGCCCCUGGCCCCCAGCACAUCUGCCUCCGAGCUGUCCCUCCCCGGGGCCCCGGCAGCCCCUCCCGGCCCCGGCCCCGGCCCCCCGCCCCCGCCUCCCCCUCCCCCCAAACGUCACUGCCGCUCGCUGUCCGUGCCGGAGGACCUGUCCCGCUGCCGCUACACCUGGAGGCCCAGCGCGUCCCGGGUCUGGACCCCUGUCAGCCGCCAGCAGUGCCACGGGGGGGCUGGGGGCGGGGUCACAGGUGGUGUGGUGGGAGCAGGAGGAGGGGGUAUAGGGGCGGGCGCCUCAGGGGGCGGAGCCUGCCCCCUGCGGGCCCCCAGCUCGUCUCUGAACUCCUCGCUGCACUCUUCGUCCAGCCCCACCUUCUUCAGCCUGGCGCUGUCCCCGGACUCGCCGCUGCCCUGGACCUUUCCCUGGGACCCCAGCGAGGCGGCGGCGGGGGGAGGAGCCUGCUGCUGCUUCUUCCCCUCCCCUUCCUCCUGCUCCUCCUCCCCCUCUCCCCUCCACCCGCCUCCUCCUCCUCAGCGGCGUUUCUCCCUCUCCCCCGUUCUCAUCAGAGACUCCACGGCUUCCACCUUCCUCCCCCCACCGCACGCCCCUGGUCAGGCGGUGGCUCCGCCUCCUCAUGGCUGCGCCACCAUGGUGGGAGCGGCCAGAGGGGGUCCGGUGCCUAACUCCCCCUCCUCGGCCUGCAGCACGCCGUCGUCUCUGCGCCGCAGUCUGCCCCCUCAGCUGCCGCGCUGUCACUCGCAGCCCUGCGACCUCCUGCUGCUCAAACCGGGUUUGAAAAGACGCCGCGACCCGGACAGACCCUGCGCCCGGCCCGUCCUCGACUUCACCAAGAUGACCCAGGUACCCCGACCAAUCAGAAGCUCUGACACUAAAGAUCCGUGAUCACAUGUUCACGUCAUUAACGCCCGCUGUUUUUCUCCCGCAGACGCGCAGCAUCGACCCUCAGUGUCUGGAGCGCGGCGGCGGCAGGCUGGCCUGCGGCGGGGACAUCUGUAUGGGCAUGGAGUCCUUCAUGGGAGACUUCCGGCGCUCGUGCUCGCCGGCCGAGUGUCUGGGCAGGUCCAGCAUCGGCCCGCUGAGCGAGAGCGACGAGGAGUGCCGCGAGGACGACGACGACGAGGACGACGGGGAGGAGGAGGCGGAGGAGCGCGAGGCGGCGGCGCAGCAGCAGGCGGUGUUUGAGAGGGACUGUACAGAACUGGACCUGAACUUAAUCGAAGAAAACUGA